ACUCACGCUGUAGACCAGGCUGGCCUCGAACUCACAGAGAUCCGCCUGGCCCUGCUGGGAUUAAAGGUAUAUGUCACUGCCGCCCAGUGACAGUCAAUUUUAAGGCCUCACCCUCAAGGGGUGGUGGGGGUGGUGAGAAGCUCCAGCCUGGACAGAAAGUCUUGAAAGCUCUAGGCUCUGUUGUCUUCCCAAGCUCCCUUCCUGCCAGCAGGCUUGGGAGGACAUCCCCUGUGCCAGACAUCAUGCCAGUGACUUAUGUCGUCGCUGGGGGAGCUGAGUCUGCAGGGACCCCAGCCGAAACUUUCGUCCAUUCUGCCUUGAAGUAGCUGGUCUUUUAUGUGUCUGCUCCACAUGACGUCUGCUCCUCCCUGUCCCCUCACCCACCCCCGACCCGUGGAUCUGGCCGUGGGUCCCAGAGAACACGAUAGGGCAGGGCAGGAGUGCUGUUUGUCAGUCCCCUGGGUAGUUGUCCGUCUUCUCUGCACCCCACUUAGUGCCAGUGCAUCAUUUGGGGGGAUUGUUUUUUCAUACCUGCAAAGGGCUUUGGGAUUCAGAAAGGGACUGGAGUCAGGCUGGACCAGGGAGCCAGCAGCCUUGAAAACGGGUUCCUGAUACUAUCAGUGCUAGCCAUCCAGCUGGACUGCCCUGUGCAGUCGCUGCCCCAGGGCCCGCUGUGGCUCCCAUUGUCCAUGGGAUAAAGUCUCAGACUUAAGGCUGAUCUUGAGUCGGGUGCAGCCCGCUGCUUUGGCAGUCUCCCUCAGGCCACGGCACACCUUUUCUGUGCCUCCCUUCUGACUGCUGUCACCCUGCUCUUCAGUGGCCUCUUCAGACUCUUCUGUUUUCCCUAUGACACCUUCUCUCUCUCUCUCUCUCUCUCUCUCUCUCUCUCUCUCUUCUCUCAUCCACACUGACCCUGAAGUUCUGGUUUCAAGUGAUUCUGGCCCUCCUGCCUCAGCCUCCUGAGAGGGCAGAACUACUGGCAGACACCAGUUUCCCUCUGUCACUAAAGAAGAGCUGGAUCCAAAUUUCUACCACAGAGGGUCCAGCCGGCACUGCAGCCCGAGCCGUAGCUCAGUGGCCCAUGCUGUGAGCCGUCCCACUUCUGCCUUCCCUCCGUGGAGCUUGAAGCUGGGCAUGCUGGGGACCAUGCAGAGGGCUGGGGCCGGAGCCCGCAGGGCCUCCGACUGCGGGCCUGCACCUUACCGGCCCAGGUGCAUUGCAAAGUUUGCCCAGUACGUGGGAUCCUUUCCCGUGGACGACUUGGACACACAGGAGGGUGUGUACCUUGUGCAGCAGCAGCUCUGGGCACUGCAGGACUGUUCCAGACGCCGCGCUGUCAUCCUGAAAUUCAGUCUCCAGGGUCUCAAGGUCUACAGUGGGGAGGGCGAGGUGCUCCUGAUGGCCCAUGCCCUGAAGCGCAUCCUCUAUGCCACCUGGUGUCCAGCCGCCUGUCAGUUUGCUUUUGUUGCCCGGAACCCGCGCAGCCCGGCCAGCAAGCGUUUCUGCCACCUCUUUGUGGGAAGCCAGCCUGGAGAGGUCCAUAUCCUGUACCUGCUGCUCUGCCGCUCCUUCCAGCUUGCUUACCUCUCACAACACCCUGAGGAGAGGGCGCAGCCUGAGUCCUGCCUGGGCUCUGUGGGGGACGUGUCCCCGAAGCCGCUCUGCAGCCCUGGGGCACCCCCUGCCCUAGUGAGAGAGCCCUUCAGCCGGGAUCAGCUGUCACAGAAUGUCCACGCCCUGGUUUCCUUCCGGCGAAUUCCUGCAGAAGGGCUACUGGGCAGUAGUGGGAAGGAGCUGCCAGAGCCUGAGGGCCGUGGGGGCACCCGUCACACUCGCCUGGGGAACCCCUACUGCUCUCCCACACUGGUGCGCAAGAAGGCCAUCCGCAGCAAGGUGAUCCGUUCCGGGGCCUACCGAGGCUGCACCUAUGAGAUGCAGCUGCAGCUCUCAGCCCGGGAGGCCUUUCCAGCUGCAUGGGAGGCAUGGCCCCGCAGCCCUGGUGGUCCCUCGUGCCUGGUGGAGAAUGAGGGUAGCCUGACAGAGAACAUCUGGGCCUUUGCUGGCCUCUCCAGGUCCUGUGCUCUUGCCCUGCUGCGGAGAGAUGCACAUGGGGCCUUCCUGCUGUGGCCAGAGCCAGGUACCGGUGACCAGUGGAGCCUGUCUGUCCGGACCCAGUGUGGUGUGGUGCCUCACCAGGUCUUCCGGAACCACCUGGGCCGGUACUGCCUAGAGCACCUGCCAGCAGAGUUCCCCAGUCUGGAGGCCCUGGUGGAGAGCCACGCCGGGAUGGAGCGCAGCCUUUUCUGCCCACUCAGCAUGGGCCGUCUCAACCCCACCUAUGAAGAGCAAGACUGUGGUCCUGAGGGCAGGCUCCCCCGGACUCUGCGGCCCCUCAGCCAUGCCAAGUCCGAGGCAGAACUGCAAGGCCUGGGCUAGGACGCAAGGCCUCAGUCCCCUGUGGUCCCAGCCUUGCCUUGGGCCCUGGGCUGCGGCGGUCACUGUGCCCUUCUUGCACCCCACUCACUGGUCACCAGCUUCAAACAGGUCACUCCGCCCCUCGAUCAGCCUUCCAUCACUUCACUGCCCAUGGGAGGGGAGCUCUGAGGUUGGAGAUAGAGAUCCCAGGGCUUCUCCCAGGACCUGGGGCCAGCUGAGAUACCAGGAUGAGCAAGCGGGUAGAGCUAAGGGUCUGGCAACUCUAGGUGACUUUGGGUGGUGCCCAUUGUCAGGUUCCCACUGCCCUCCUAGUGCAGAGGCUUUCCCAGCAGUUCGUGGAUGUGGGCACAGCCUUUGCUGGAGGCAGCUAAGCCUCUGUUGGAGGGGAACCCCAGAGAGCUCCCAUAGGGAAGCAGAUGCUUAGGGACUUGCAGGUUUGCCACCUCAGCUCAUUUCUGGGUAUCACUCCACCGCGUGGCCCCUGCAGUGAGCAAACUGCAGUUCGGUAGCUGCUUUGGGAAGCCACCUCAUGCUGGCCUUAACACAGUGCCGACCACUGGGCAUGGCUGGCACUGGCCUGCUCAUCAGCAAGGCAGCCCCACUUGCAACGGAGAACUAGUACUAACCCAAGCCCCACAGAGGAGGGUGUGGCUUUAUGGGGGGGGGAGGUCCAGGGACACAUUCUAGAGGAAGGCAGUGGCCCAGCCAGCAAUGACAAAUCCAAGUGUCCCUUAAGUCAACUUAGCAUAAUGUAUGAAUCUACCCAAAAGAUCAGACUUCUUAAUCAGCUGGUGGUGGCGCACACCUUUAAUCCCAGCACUCAGGAGGCAGAGGCAGGUGGAUCUCUGAGUUUGAGGCCAGCAUGGUCUACAGAGUGAGUUCCAGGACAGGCAGGGCUACACAGAGAAACUCUUGUCUCAAGCAGGCAAACAAAAAACAACAGACGUCUUUUGGAAGCAGAGGUAUAGGCACAGGUGGGAGAGGAUGUCUGUGUUCAGUGCCUUGAAGGCCAAAGGCUUUGGUGGAAGCCACAGGUUUGGGGUUUUGGAUCCCAAGAGAAGUGGGCAGCCUUUACAGAACAAAGAGAAGACAGACCUGGGAGGAAGAGGCAGGCCAGGCCUGGUGCUUCCGGCUUCCAACACCCCCACCCACCCACCCACACUAGGAUAAGCCCUUAGUUACGGACAUUGUCAUUUCUUUCAAGUGACAUGUCUCAUGAGGGAUGGAGAGAAAGGACAGGAGAUAACACACACACAAACUGAAUGUGGGUGAUAUUCCUUCCAUGGCCAUUCCACUGGCAUCCCCACUCCCCGAGUGGGGCCUGGUCUCCAGUGGGAACAGAGGAAUUAGCAUAUCCUAUGCCUAGGAUUUCAACCCCAGAAAGUUACACCUAAGGAAAGCUGUCAACUGACUGGUCCAGACUUUGGGCCAGGGCUCACCUCCAGAAGGGUGUCCAUAGUGUGAACUGCCGAUGUGUAGAAUACCAGGGGAUAUACGAUACCAGGGGAUAUUCAACACGUCCAAGGGACCAGCCUUCCCCAGGCCCUUUAACAUUUCUUCCAAACCAAACAGUUUGGAGCCCAUGUGUUCAGACUGUGUCUUAAUUGUUCAAACCGUCAUCAAGCCCCUUGAAGUGGACUUCAAGAGAAAUAAAACACAUUUCUUCACA